AUGUCAAUAUAUAUUGCAGCAGAAGCCCUACCUCCCCAACCCACGCCAGCACUCCCACCCCAACCGCAAGCCCCACAACCACAGCCGGCUCCUCAUCAACCAAGGCAACGGAGGCGUGCUAGGCCACCAAUUUUCCGAACCCGUGUCCUACUUUUUGGGAUGCCAGAUGAUGUGGUGGUGCGUAGAUACCGGCUGCCACCACAUCUAAUCCUAGACACUCUCUCCAUAAUAGAGAGUGAUCUGGAGUCUGAAAUUCGGUAUCCUACAGCAAUACCACCAUUGACACAAUUCCUUGCAGUGUUACAUUUUUUGGCUACAGCCUCAUAUCAGCAUGUUGUGGGAGACCUGGUUGGCAUGUCGCAGGGCCAGUUCAGUAAGGUCCUGCGGCGUGUCUGCCAGGCUUUCCUAAAGCGGGUGAAGCAGUUCAUUGAUAUGCCUUUGGAUGUUGGUGCCCUAGAUGUGGUGAAGCGGCAAUUUGCGGAAGGUGGUAGUCGCUUCCCACAUGUUAUUGGGGUUGUGGAUGGCACACAUGUUGCUAUUCAGCCACCAAGACAUAAUGAAGAAAUUUAUAGAAACAGGAAACUGUUUCAUUCUCUGAAUGUAAUGGUUGUUUGUGGGCCAUCCCUCCAGAUCCUUUCCCUGAAUGCAAAGUUUACUGGAAGUUCCCAUGAUGCAUAUGUCAUUAGACAAUCAGGGAUAUGGCAGAGAUUAAGAUCAAGUCAACGAGCAGACAUGUGGUUAUUGGGAGACCGUGGAUAUCCUUGCACCCCCUGGCUCAUGACUCCUUACCGUAAUCCCAGGCCAGGACCACAGAUGGCAUUUAACUCCGCGCUUACUGCCACUAGGCAGCUGGUGGAGCGCACAAUUGGUGUCCUUAAAGGGCGGUUUCGUGUGCUCCACCGCACUGGUGGCGACAUCAUGUAUUCGCCGGAGAUGGCAAGUAAAAUAGUGGUCCUGUGCGCAAUACUACAUAAUAUCGCGGUAAGGAGUAGUGUAGAGCUUCCUCAGGCAGAGGAAUUGCCUGAUGAGGAGCCAGGGGUUGGUCCACGCUUCGGUGGGGGGAGUGUGACACGGAGGGGGAGCCAAGUGAGGGCAAGAAUUGUUGCAGAAUAUUUCAGCUGAAUGAUCACACGAACUGUGGACAACAACAACGGCAAAACUCCCCACCCCCUUCCCCUUCUCACUCCCCCUCCCCUUCUCACUCCCCCUCCCCUUCUCACUCCCCCUCCC